AUGUCCGAUCUUGAAAAGAAAGCCCACAUCAACAACCAAACUCUAAACUACGUUGAUAGUGCAGGGGAUAUUGUCAUGUCAGGAGGUGAUGGCGCGCACAAAAGUGUCACGCAACGUCAACGUCAAAGCAGUCACCCUAUGGCCUCCUUCACUCCGAGAACCACCAGCCCUCUCGCCGGCCCCCCACAGGGCCGUGCAAUGCCUGCAAUGGAUAUUAAACGGGGAUUGCUUGCGCCUUCAUCAAUGGCAGCCUUGGUAGAAAAGGAACGCCUGGAGAAGUUGCAAUUGGCCAAUGAAGCUGCGUAUUGGAAGGAGAAAGCGAUGAACCUUGAAAGGCGAGUGGAGUUGCAAAAAGAGCAGUUUGACAUGCACUUGGCGAGAUCUACGAUGGAAAAUGAAUGCCGCAAGGGAGAGUAUGAGAAGAAACUGAAUGAACAUGCAACGAAGACGAAUAUGUUAGAGUUGCGAAAGGCUCAAGCGGAAGGAGAACUUGCAAAACUACAAACUGACGGCGCUAAUGCUCGCAAGGGUCGCGAGGCCGACAUCAUCAGAGCACGCAGUGAGCUCAAGUUCGUCCAAGAAAUGUGCGACUUCGUCAAGAGAGAGUGCGAGAACCUGGCGGCGUAUGCACUGUUCAUCAACGAGAAUUCCUCUCUUCGGGAACCUGUCAAGAGAACCCCUCCGGAGCACACCAAGGCGCGAGUUGCGAUUAAAGAGGCUCUUUAUAUCAUGAUGAAUGAGGUCGUUGCGAACAAUGCCAAUGGCGCUGGCCCUGUUAAAAAGUAG